UUUUUGCAGGUCACGUACUCGUAUAAUGCACUAUCGAGAGAAGGAAUAUAACAGUUAUAAACUUCACGAGUCAACGACAGAGACGCAUUCUAAAAAAAAAUUAAUAAAUAAACAAAUGCGCUGUUGACGAGUUUGUCGUGCGAAUAUCAUAGAGUGUAUUAUGUUUAUUGUCAUUACCAAAUAUUAUAUUACAGAAGUGUUUAUAUAUUUUUAUACCACUGGCAUCGCAGUGAGUUUGUUUACACCAGCAUCAUCACAAACACUUGAGAAUGUGUUGCACUAUGUUCAUUAUAAUCUGUGACCAGUCAUGCAUACGGUCCGUCAUUAUGUGGAGCAUAGCUGUAUGUCACUGUGGCUAUUUCGUGUGAUUGUAUGAUUUCGCUAUUGAAGGUGCUAUUUUUCUAGUAUUAAAUGUCCUUAAAAAUAAAACUACACAAGAUUUUACAAGUAGCUUUAUUGGUGGUGUAGAAGAACAAUGCAUGAUAAAAACCCUUUAAGUUUCUAUAGCAUUUUUGAGCAGUAUAUUGAAUCCUCCCACGGUCAAGAAAUGCUCAACAGCAGAAAGAGUUUCUUCUCUAGUCAUACUCCACAUUGUCUACAGCGGGCAUGCCACAUUUUUCUUCUUCUUUUUUUUUUUUAACCAUGUGUCUAUAAAUGUGUGUCGCAAGGUCAGACGUUCCAAACCAGAUUUUUAAACAAUUUUCGAAUGUUGUGUUGAGUUUGUAAAUAUUUUAGAAUGUAAUUUAGGGUACGGCACGUCGGGGGUCCAGCUACCAAUCAAAGUGUAAAAUGUAAGAAAGGAAUUCAGACAAACAAAUCAAAAAGAAAGAAGAGUAUUGAGUUGUGAUGCUGGAAGAAUCUUUGAUGAAGGUGCAUUCAAGAGUGGGCAGGGAACUUUUGGAUGCAACUCGAGAUGAGUAACCAAGAGAGAAACAAAUCUGUGGGCUGCGAGAUCCAGCUUCGAUCCAGUGACAAUCGGAAAGAAGUUCAGUCUUUGAGGACAACUGUCUUUCCGAUCGACCUCGACAAAGGAACAAAUGCAGACGAACUGCUACAGUUUUUUUAAAAAAAUAGUUUCAUAACAGGAUGUCAUUUUCUCACUGUCUCAAAGACGCUGGGUAAGGGGGUUGUUUGGUGGGAGGGAGGGACUAACGCGCACGUGACAAAAAAGUCGAUCAUCGUUAACGGCUGCAAGAAACUAUAAUGGGUUGAGGAAGGAGGUCAAGUAUGGGGGGAAGGAAAGAGGAAAGCUUUAAAACAGGGUCCAUCAGGAGACAGCGCAUUGUCAGGCAGACUGAGCGGCAGUGCACCUGCCAGGAAGCUCUGCGCGUCGGUAGAUGACGACUCGUCGAUGACACUUCAGUCAUGGUCACCCAUUGGUAGCUUGCACAAAGACUCAGACAGAUGCUCGAGGGCUUUUGUUUACUCACCUGUUGCUUGAGGAUCUUCAGCUUGUGCUCGGCACCCGGUAACGGACUGGCGUCAGACUACUAGCUGUCUACACAACAGUCCUUCGGAUGGGGGGAUGGCGUGUGCGGAGGAGGAAGGAAACUUGAACCUGUUGCUGCAACUCAGUGCAUAAGCAACAGGUGACGGAGACUGAUAAAACUCCAGAGGAGAGUCGCUGAGCCGUAACGGACAGUGCACGUGUAGUGAGAAAUAACGGACUGAACUCACCCAUCCGACAUCAAUCUGCUCACCUGCCCACGUCUGGCGACUACCUGCUCACCUGUCCAGAGUCAGACACCUGUCCACACCAGACAUUGAGCUGUACACCUGCUCACAAUGUCUGACAAACGCAAGCAGCUUGCCAUCUUCCUCUUCGUGUGGCUCCACGCGACAGCGACUGCAAACAUAGAGGCGUUCUUUCCGGCGGAAAUGAGCUCGGCAGAUGGCAGAAAACCGCUUGUGUUUGAAGUGGGCUCCCAAAUAAUCCUGAAGUGUCGCAUGAAGAAUCACCAGACCAGGCCCACCUCUCUCAAAAAAAUUUCGUCAGGCAACCUAGUAAGUACCCGACACAGACCUAUUGAAGUGUACCAAGAAAAGAAAGAAGAAGAAAGGAAAAAAAAUCCCACCCCAAAUGAACGAACAAGGAAGUUUCUGUCACAACAGGAAACGACGCUGGACGUCGACGUGGUGGAAGAUGGCGUGCAGUACGUUGUGCACAACGCCACCCUGCAAGACUCGGGAAAUUACUACUGUCUCCACAACAACAAGAGCGUCGCAAUGAAGUCCGUCACUGUGGGAUAUGUCCCCACAAACGACUUCAGCGUGUCGUGCCUGCUCCAUGGCGACGAAUUAGAGUGUUGUGUUGAGAUGGACGAGGGCAGCGACCACGAUUUGCUCACGAACUCACUGCCCACACACUGGAGCAUGAGUUUGCACAGGCCCUAUGAAAGUAAUUGGGACACCAAGAACUUGGGAGAAAAUGAAGAGCUGUGCAUUAACUGGACAGUACAGAACAUAAUGUGCGAAACUAACUACAUAGUGGUUGCUAAUGCUUCCAACAAUCUGGGCUUUGCCUUGUCCAAUGUGACCUUCUGUCCGUUAGAUGUAGUAAAACCAGGCCCGGUGAUGAACCUGAGUGUGACACCUGAUACAGAGCAGCCACACAGACUCAUGGUUUGGUGGGACCGCCCUAAAGACCUGAGUCUCAGUAGGCGCCUUGGAAUGGGUGGAGUCAACUACACUGUUGACGUUUAUCCACUUCAUCAUGGCCAACCUAUUUUUCAUUUGGUUUCAACUGACUUGCCUGACAAAGAGAAAAUGUCUAAAUUAAUUAAGACAGAAGAGACUGUGAUUCACUUUGUGGAGGGCUUGUGGCCAUUCACCUCCUAUAAUGUCACGGUUACCCCACACAGCCGCUGUUGUGCUGGGUCACCAACCACAGUCACAACCAAAACUACUGAAUCAGUACCACUCAUUGCACCAGAAAUUAUUGCUUGGGUGCAGACUGGCACAGGAGUUGUCAUUCACUGGAAUGUGUAUGCACCAGAGGACCAGGGAGGAGAGAUCAUUGCAUACUCUGUAUGCACACAAAAGACUUGUCAAAAUGUGACAUUUGCUAACAGUGAACAUAGGCUGCCACAGGUAACCAGUGGUCUGGUGCCAGAAAGAUGCAUAUUGGGCUGCAAUGUCACAGUUCAAGCAUUUACAAGAAAAGGGCCAUCAAACAAAAGUUCUACACUUAAGAUUACUCCAUAUUUAGAAACUGCAAAAAAGCGUGUCGAUGUUGAAAGAAAAGCUGAUGGCUCAUACACUGUGCUUUGGGAAAAUUCCAUCAACAAUGUUGUUUCCAUUCUCUGGUGUUUUGGGAAUCAGUUUAGGAAGGAUGCUUCCCAUAUUCGUUGUCAGACAGCACUGAGAAAAGCAGCUGCGAACUUCAGCUGUUGCAGUCAGACUGUGAACAUCUCUCAGGAUGACAGAAAGAAAUACAGAGAAACAAUGGAAAGCCGCUGGUACUUUGGUAUAGGUAUUGUUUCUGAAAAUCAGAACACUAACAGCAGCAUUACCACUGGUAACCCUGUCCAGCUUCACUGGCAGAUCUGUGUUUUUGAUGAAGAGGGAGAUCCUCCGCUACCUAUGUUUCAAGUCUUGUCCUGGGAAAAUGGGACAGGACUGACAAUUGAUGCUAACCCCAUCUGUAGCAACACUUUGCCAGCACCAGGAAGACCCAUUAAUGCUACUGUCUUCAUUGCAGAGAAACCAUUGAACUGCUUAUCUGAAGGUGGGGUGAAUGCAAAUCAGCUGCUGCAAGGCAAGAGGCAGAUGGACAGAGGGGGCUUGAUUCCCAGUAGCAGCUAUACAGUGUGUGUCACAUACUACGGACAACAAAACAAGAAGGCAACAACCAAGACCACAGUGCUGAUGGCCAGUCCCAGUCCUGGCAUCUCUGUGACCAUACUGGUGGCUAUUUUUGCUGUGUUAGGCCUGUUCAUCCUUAGUCUUCUCAUUGGAGCAUUGUGUGUCCAAUACAAGAAGAAAUCCAAGCGUUUUAACAGUAUUAGAUGGCCUAAAGUGAAAGAUGUGCAGCUGAAGGAAUCUUGUACCAGCAAACCAAGAAUACUAACAAAUAUGGCUAUGGAUCCCCGUACUAUGACCUUUACAGAUGGAAUAAACAAAAAAGACAGUAACAUAAAGACUGGGCUACCCAAAAGCUCUCUUCAGACCUCCAGUCCUAAGCAUCUCAUACUCCACAGCACUGCACAAAGUAGCAGUUUGACCAAUGGCACAACCAAAGUUGCUGUCAGCAAUAUGGAAAGAGGUUUGGGGACAUAUAUUCAUCAUUCAGACAAGACUAAACACAAGACUUCUGGUCACAGGACACCAGAAAUGGUUCCUCUAAUUUCAAAAUGUCAAUCCACCAUGAAUAAAGUCCAUGACGACCAUCAGGUUAACAAUAUUGAGGUAAGGAAGGAAGGCACAGCUCCACAAGAAGCUGCAGUUCUGUCUGAUGUCCAGAGCCAGUCUCUGCCCUUGAAACAAUGUGACAGUUAUGUGACAAAUCCUCAGCAACAUGCUUUGCUACAUUCUAUGGCUGGCUGUUUUUGUGUCCCCAGUCUUGAAGAACCAAUGACUGACAACCAAGCAACACAAGGUUCUCCACGUUUGUGUGAAGACAUCCACAGGUUCGCUACUCAAGAUCUGCCUGCAUACCCCCAACACACACAUGGAAAAAGUGUUCUUCAAGAUGAGAUCUCACAGCCAGUUAAUGAUGAAGACUGUAUGGAGGAAAUAACGCUGACAAAAAAAAGUUGCAUGUCAGUCACUUCAUCCAAGAGCUAUGUAAAAUGUAUACCUAACCACUAUCCAGAGGUUCAAGGAGCCCUAAGUGUGACCUGGAAAGACAACACAAUGCCCUCAGAAAGCAAUCCAACAGAUGUAUUACUCAAUAUAAAGGCACAUAGCAACUUUCAUGAGCAGGACUCCUCAGACUUAAUGCUGCCAGCUACCACAAAGACGCAGGUAGAUACAAGAACAAAAUCAUCUUUACUUACUUUAGGUACAAACCACACAAUAAACAAUGAAAGUUACAUUCACGGUCAAGGAGACUCUUCUCAAAUGGCUAUUGGGUAUCUAGACUGGAAAAGAAUUUGUAAGUAGCUGAAUAUUAGAAAGUCUUCAGUGACGAUGAAUGAUAUCUAGGAAGAUGUCUCAAUAAGUUCUGCAAUACAUUUAAUAAUGUUAAAAUAUUAAUAAAGCUGCAAUAUAUAUUUACUGACACAAAGGCACAAGAACAAGCCCAUUAUCAUAACUGAGAACAUAAGCGAGCAACUAGAGAGCUAUAGAGAAAGACAUAUCAACAAUAAACCAGAAAACUCUCCGUUUGCAAAUUUGCCUGCUGCCAUGACCAGCUUGAUGAAUUUUAUGCAGAAAGAAGUGGUCCAGUCCUUUAAUGCUCUCAAAUUGUACCAUAACACUGAAGUUUAGCUGUCUUCUUUUCACACAAAUGCUUCAGCAAAACCAAAUGUUUUUUCUCUUAAAGGUUACACUUUGAUGCAUUGAUGUGCCAUAAAUCAUUUUAUGGCAACUGAAUAAUAGAUGUUGAUCUCUGUCAUAGGGUAUAAAUAUAAUUUUUGCAAAUUUUGAACUUGUAUAUUUUGAUUCUUUUAAAUUUAUGGUUUUAUAAAAAGGCGAAUUUCACACAUCUCUUUUAUAGUGUGAAGGUCAUAUUCUGAAGGAGUUGAGCAAAAUGGUAAUUUUUGAGAAUUAUCAGUGUUGAAAUAAAAGGUAUGAUACACUUCAGUGAGCUGUGCAGUCCGUUUAUACACAUUAAAGAUAAAUGACCUUUAUCACAUUCUUUUUAGUGGCUUCAGCUUUGCAUACAUGAACAUACUUCAAGUUUUCUUGUGUGUUAAGUCAGGACAUGCAAGUAUACUAUACUUGUUGUGCUUGUUCUGGUUUAAUUACCUUAAUUUAUUUCAAUAAACAUCAUAUUUGUAUUAAACAGAGCAACUUAAAGUGCUUUGUUAUGCACCUUUAACUCAAAGCAAUCCUUUUCAGCAACAGGUCCACUGCCAUUUUAUAGGUUGCUUUUAAAAAAAAAUCCAUGAAAAUUAUGUCCCCAAAAUAUAAUUUUAAAUGCAUUUUAACAAUCAGAUUACGAAGACAUUGACCACUCUUAACUUUAGGCAAAGGAUGUUUUGUUAUCUUUUUUAAAAAAUCCACCCUUGUCAGCUUAACUCAAGUUGCUUUCUACAACUGCAUUUUUCUGGUUGGAUUACAGCAAAAGCGUUGUGUUUAUUUCAAACAGUAAAUGUAAUUUGAAAUCAUCCACAAGUGAAUGAAGUUUAUCCAGAAUGAGGUAAAUCAUAAGUUAACAUACCAUAUAAUUCUUGUAACUCUGCUGCACAAAACGCUUUAGGAAAUAUUUAGAGCACUUGCUUCAUCAAAAAAAAAAAAAGAUUGACAAAGGAAAUCUUGUUGCUAAAUUUAAGUAAGGAAAGUAAAUUGCACAUGUUCAGCUUUACAAUCAAGUUACUUCCUGUGUAGAAG